CUUGACUCUUCCGUCAUCGCAACCGGGUUCGAGCAGGAUGGUCAGGCAAACGCCACAGCCGGCCAAGUCGCCUCCUUGACCUCCAGCAACAACUUUAUCAACUUCUGCGCCACAACCAACCUCCCUAUCACCAACGGCAAGCAGAUCACCACCGGUUCGUGCAACCCCGCACCCAUGGGUGUCAUCGCCGCUAGCACCAACAUCCCCUCCUCGAAGUUCUCCAACCCUCCCAACUUUGGCACCAUCGCCGCGAACACCGACUUUGACAUUGUCAUGAACGUCAAGAACCUCGAGCUCGGCAACUUCGUGAACGCGGCGUCGAACUAUUACUCCGCUCCUCAGCAGGUCAACUCGCAGGGGGACAUCGUCGGACAUACGCACGUGGUGGUCGAACAGUUGAGCAGCUUGACGCAGACGACGCCCACGGAUCCGACGAAGUUUGCGUUCUUCAAGGGUGUUGACGGUGCUGCUGUCAAUGGCGCGGUUAGUGUGGCUGUGACGGGUGGAUUGCCGGCUGGUGUCUACAAACUUUCGAGCAUCAACUCGGCGGCGAACCAUCAGCCUGUG